UAGGAAGAGACAGCUUCAUUUGAAAUUGGUCAUGAGUAUUAGGGUAGGAAAGUUUAAGAUUUAUCCAGAUACAGAGUUAAUAAGAAUAUUCUUAAUCAUGAAAGCGAUACCUUUCAUUGCCGUAUAUGUUUUGAUAAUUUUACUUGAAGUAUAUGCAGAAGCAUACACAUGCAAGGACGAAAAAUUCACAUCGGAAUCCGGAACAUUUUCAAGCCCUCGCCACCCAAGAGCGUAUCCAGAUAAUGCAAAAUGCGAAUAUUUCAUCAAGGCAAUAUCUGGGCACUACGUGGAAAUUACUUUCACAAAAUUUAAACUGGAAUAUAAAGGUGACAAGGAAAAGACUGAUUUUGUCCAGAUAUUAGAUGGUAGGUCGAAAAAUCGUCAGCAAGAAGUUUAUUAUGAAGGUACUUUGGAAACGCCGUUCAAAUUUAUUUCCAAAACUGGUAGAGUUACCGUCAAUUUUGUCAGCAAUGGUGAUUUCGGCUUCAGCGGGUUCGAAGCCAAAUAUAGAAUGAUACCUCGCACAAAGUGUCAUCAAUCAAAGCUUGAAGUUGAACAUGGGACCGUUGAAUGUAAUUCAGAUGAAUCUGGAUUGGCUGAAAGCUGUCAGGUGACUUGUGACGAUACUUACACUCUUCACGGAUUGGCUAAAGUGUUUUGCUCCAACGGUGAAUUUGCUGCUCCGCCCACAUGUGAACCGGACCCCGCCUACCAUUGUGACAUGAGGAAACUAGAAAAUCUUGAUGCAACGUGUACACAAGAUCCAGAGACCGGUCGCGUGAACGGGUGCAAGGUUAAAUGUGAGCAUCCUUAUGUUCUUCUUGGGAACGAAACGAUGACAUGUGACGAUAGCGAAUGGAGUCAAAUUCCGGAAUGCACUCCGGAUCCGGAUGUCUUACACGUUUGUGAAGACAACCCAGAUAACAGCUCUUGUCUAUUUACUCGUGAAGAAACGGAGCAGUUUAAAGAAGCCUUUUUUGAAGAAAUGGAAAAUAUAACGCCGUUAUUGACGGGGAAAUCUGUUGAUGGAGCAAUGUACCGUUGUUCCAAAAAAUUAUGUCAGAUCCGAAGGUCAACCCGAAAAUUUUAUUAUCAAUGCGAACCGCUUUCAAGAAAUCUACAGAAGAGAUAUAAAUUUUCAGACGCAGAACGAAAGCGCAGAAUGAAACAUUGCUUCAAAUGUCAGAGCGCUCGUUGCCUUCACGCCAUUUACAUAUUUUCAUAAAAGGGAGGACGAUACUGCCGACUUUGAUUCUGUAAUAAGUGUAUUUUACCCCAUUAUUCGACAAGACGUUUUGUAUAAUUUGUUUUUCAAAUACGCUGUUCUUAUUUUAAAACAAGCUAUUUUCUGCAGCCAAUAGAUUUCAAAUUUCCACUACACAAAAUGAAAUACCAUUAAAAACUAUUACUUUUUUUAAAUUUUCUUGAAGUCCUACUAAGCCCGCAAAGUCUUUGUAUUAUACGGGCACACCUGGAUAUGAUAUUCGGCACAAUCUUCCCUUUUGACUGAAAUUUUGUCGACAUCUAGUUGGUCAUUUGAUGUUCGUGUAUAUUGUUACUUACAAAGCAAUGCACGAUUUCUAAUAUAGACCAGAAAAAUGAUAUAUAAAUAUCGAAUUCUCUUGACAGCAACAUACAUAUAUAUUUGAUCGUUGAUUUUUCACAAUUUUAUCCAAAUGUCCUGAUCAAUCAUGAAGCACAAGAAACAUUGCGGGAUAUUGUUAUAUUUAGGAGCUUCUGAAUCGAUUUCUAAUAUAUUUAAAACCAGUUUUCAUUUGUAUUUUUUUCAAGUGUUGGGACAUAUCUAUAUUGCUACUUUUAAAAUUGCUUAAAUAAAAUAAGUGAAA